AUGGAAGGCAGUACGACACUCCAGGCUUUCAAUAACAUUUAUUUUGCCAUCUUUGCCCUGUUUUGCUUCAAACUCUUAAUCAAAAUCUCUUUAGCUUUAUUGACCCACAUCUAUAUAGUGAAAGGGAAUAGGAAAGAAGCUGCCAGGAUAGCAGAAGAGAUCUAUGGAGUAGCCCCAGGUUCAUGGGCAGAUAGAUCUCCCCUUCAUGAAGCUGCAUUUCAAGGGCGCCUUCUGUCUUUGAAAACCAUGAUAGCACAGGGAUUCAAUGUGAACAUUGUAACAAUAGACCGUGUUUCCGCUCUUCAUGAGGCAUGCCUGGGUGGCCAUGUUGCGUGUGCGAAAGUGUUACUGGAACAUGGUGCUCGUGUCAAUGCAGUCACUGUUGAUGGGAUCACACCUCUGUUUAAUGCUUGCCGCAGUGGCAGCACCACUUGUGUCAACACGCUGCUUGAAUUUGGAGCCAGGCCACAACUGGAGAAUCAUUUUGUUUCACCGAUUCACGAAGCGGUAAAGGAAGGCCACAGAGAAUGUAUGGAAAUUCUUAUAGCCAAUGGUGUGGAUAUGGACCAAGAAGACCCGCAGCUUGGAACACCACUUUACGUGUCCUGCAUGAAUCAGAGGACAGACUGUGUCAAGAAACUUUUGGAAUUAGGAGCUAGUGUUGACCUGGGUAAGCAACUGGACACCCCACUUCACGCAGCUGCUAGAAAAUCCAGUGCAGAAAUCGUCGAGUUGUUAACAGACUAUGGCGCCAGCUUGAAGUGUAGAAAUUCUGAAUGCAGAUGUGCUCUUGAUCUUGCUGUACCCAACAGCUCUGUUGAACGGGCGUUGUUGCUUCGGGAAGGCCCUCCUAGACUUGCCCAGCUGUGCCGACUGUGUAUUCGAAAGUGGUUGGGUCGAUCGUGUUUUUAUGUAGUCCACAAACUGCAUCUUCCUGAACGACUUGAAGAUUUUCUUUUAUUCCGAUAGCAUUACAGUUGCUAGUAGCCUGAU